GCGUUGCACAGUUUAUGUGAUAGCAACAGUCCUAGAAGCCAAACUACCAAAAUGAAAUUCUCGAUCGUUGCCGUUUUCACUCUGGCCCUCUCCAUGGGUGUGCAGUCAUCUGUGAUUCCAUUGAUCUCACAGCUUGCCGGUCAUGGACUAUCCUACACAGCCGUGUCCGGUCCCGCAGUGGUGGCCGCUCCCUGGGCCCACGCUCCCUGGCCCGCAGCCGUUACGGUUGGCGCUUGGCCGCCAGCAGCCCAUGCCGUGGCCCCAGCUGUUGUUGCUGCCCCUGCGCCUUCUGUGGUUGUGGCGCCGGUAGCCCAUGAAGGUGUCUACACCGCCCAAACUCGUGGCGCUGUCCACACCGCUCCUCUCGCUGGCCAUAUCCAGUCGGUCGCUUCGAUCAACGCCGCCCCUGCCCCCGGAACUAUCUAA